AUGGUUAUCGAGGGCCUGGAGCACCUCCCCCUAGUAAUCCGUGGUGAAAAGGAUGAACAAGCAGUGUUGUGCAGCAAAGAUAAAACCUAUGACAUGAAAAUAGCGGAUACCUCAAAUAUGCUGCUGUUUGUUCCUGGUUGCAAGACUCCAGAACAGCUGAAUGCAGAUCAAGCAUCUUGUAAUAUUAUUCAUUCACAGGUUGCUGGUUUCUCCAAUAACUAUUGGGAAUUAAGGAGAUGUCGACCAAAACUGAAGAAACUGAGAAAGCUUUUAAUGGAAGAUCCCUAUGAAGGGCCAGAUAGUCAGAAGGAUCAGGCUUUGACAUUUUCAAAGUAUACAACAGAAGACUUGUUAAGUCUGAUUCAAGCAAGUGAAGAAGAAAUACUGCACCAUUUGCAGGUGAUAGAUGCCUGCAAAAUUGAAGGAUAUUGGAGAAUUCUGGAAUUUGACUAUGAGAUGAAACUCUUGAAUCAUGUGAUUCAGCUAAUAGACUCAGAGUCCUGGUCUUUAAGUAAGGUUCCUUUACGUACCUGCCUUGAAGAACUUGGAUCUCUAGAGCCCACAGAGAUGAUAGAACACAUUCUUCUAAGCUAUGGAAGAAAAUGUUUUGAUGAUGCAGGGGAGGUUUACUUUGAGAUGCGUGAAGAUAAAAUAUGCAGAGCUAUAGCACAAAUGCUUUUGCAAAAUGCAGUUAAAUUCAAUUUAUCAGAGUUUCAAGAAGUCUGGCAACAAAGUGUCCCUGAAGGGAUGACAGCAAAGCUUGAUCAGCUUAAGGGCUUGGCUCUUGUGGAUAGAAGCUCAAGACCAGAAACCAUCUUUCUGCUAAAAGUAGAAGACUUACCUGAAGGCAAUCAGGAAAGAUUCAACAGCUUAUUCAGCAUACGGGAAAAGUGGACAGAACCAGAUAUUACCCCUUAUAUACAAGACUUAUGUGCAGAGAAGCAGACUGUUGGGGCUCUUCUGACAAAAUACGCUCGCUCCUCAAUGCAGAAUGGUGUUAAAGUUUAUAAUUCUAGAAGACCUAUCUCCCGACAA